AUGACAGAGACAUUGAAUGUCAUAGUCAAUAACGGAUCAUGUGUAGGCGCUUAUACACUUGAUCUGAUUGCGCCUCCGAAGUUAACUUCGGAGAUCACUCAGUUGCCAACGCUCGAACAUAAAAGGUUCUUGCGUGAUCUGCGUAGUGGCAAAGUCAAGCAGAUCUGCAUACUCGUCGCUGACGACGAGUGUGUAACCGACAUAAGGUCAGCAACAGUGUUUACUGAGAACGAGAGAGUUCUCAGUAGUUCAUCUAUGGACGAGAGUGUCCUAGAUGAAAAGACACGAAUUGAGCGAUAUGAGUCCCAAUCAUGGGAAUCGCUCAAGGAAAACCCUCUCUAUGAGGAUUUGGUUGAAUUCAAGGAUGUAUUCCCUGAAACUGUUCCGUGCGAAUUACCGAAGGAUAAAGGUAUUCGACACGAAGUCGAGCUUAAACCAGGCUCGAAGUACUGUGUCAUGAAGCAGUGGCCACUGCCUCGUGAACAAGUACUUGCGAUCGACAAGUUCUUUGCCGAUCGUUUAGCAGCGGGCCAUGUGAGGGAAUCAACUUCCCCACAUAGCUCUCCGACCUUCUGUGUGCGAAAAGCAACAGGAGGGUGGCGGAUAGUGCACGCGUUUAACAAAUUGAACGCUGCAACGGUACCGGCUCAGACGCCGAUACCGAGGAAGGACGUAAUCAUUGAUGGUAUGUCAAAGAGUACCAUCUUUUCGUCCAUGGAUUCGAUGGAUGGCUUCUAUCAAAUCCUAAUGCGGGAACGGGAUACACCCUAUACCGCAGUUAGCACGCCUAGUGGCAUGCUCUGGGAAUGGCUAGUAAUGCCACAAGGGCUCAGUAAUGCCCCUGCCACGUUCAACAGGUGUGUAUCACAUCUGUUGAGGCCAGUACGAGAAUUCGCGCCGAGUUAUUUCGAUGACGUAUUCAUCCAUAGUCGAGCUAUGGAUGGAAAGUCGGACGUUGAGGUUCACAAGUACCACGUCCGACAAGUUCUUACAAUCAUGCGAAAGCAUCAAUUGUAUGCUAACCUCAAGAAGUGUAUAUUUGCAGCAAGCGAAAUACCACUUCUUGGGUGCAUCGUUGGUAAGAACGGUGUACGUCCUGAUCCCGAAAAGAUCAAGGCGAUCACCGACUGGCCCGUGCCGGUCGAUGUCAAAGGUCUUCGAAAAUUCCUUGGGCUAGCGGCGUAUUUGCAUAAGUAUUCACGCAAUUACGCCGAGAUGACUGUACACCUCUCUCGUUUGUUGAAAAAGAACGAGAGGUGGUUAUGGAACGCUGAAUGUCAACGCUCCUUUGAGGGUAUCAAGCAGAGCUUGAUACAAUCCCCAGUCCUAGCAAUAGCCGAUCAGGACAGGCCAUUUCAUGUGGUCUGUGAUGCCAGCGAUUUCGCAAUCGGCUGUGCAUUAAUGCAGUACGACCUUGAAGGCGUUGAACGCGUCGUCUGCUAUCAGUCGCGUCAGCUGCAACCAGCUGAGCGGAACUAUCCAGUGCAUGACAAGGAACUCCUUGCCAUGAAGUAUGCACUCGCGAAGUUCAGAGUCUAUCUAUUAGGAGAUAGACCCUUCGUUGUUUACACUGACCAUGCGUCCUUACGCACGGCAGUGAACAGCCCGCACCUUUCACAACGAAUGGCGCGGUGGUUGUCAUUCUUUGCAGAAUACAACUUUACGGUCGAGUACAAACCAGGACGACUUAAUGUCGUCGCUGAUGCACUCUCACGUCGUCCCGACUUUGAAACAGUCGCGAAACCCAACAGUGAGACAGUCACUGUUGCGGUUAUGACGUCCUCAGUUCCAUCUACAACGUUGUAUGAUGAUGUGAGGCGGGCAUACGCCCAAGAUGCCGUUUCUGGUGACACACCACGUGUUGUCAUUCCAGAUGAUACUGAUCUGCGUUUGCGGAUCAUGUUCGAGUAUCACGAUGCUCCUAUAGGAGGACAUCGUGGCCGAGAGAAAACAUAUCUCACGGUAAGUCGAGACUUUUACUGGCCCCGCCAGUAUCAGUUUGUGCGAAAGUAUGUUCGCGCAUGCGAAGUCUGCCAACGAGUGAAGUCAAGUCCUUCACUGCGUGCACCUUUACAGCCUCUACCGGUUCCGGCUGAGUGCUGGGAAUCCAUCUCAAUGGAUUUCGUCUUCGGGUUACCCAAAGACGCACGCGGGAAUACGGGUAUUCUCGUAUUUGUUGACAGAUUCAGCAAAAUGGUACACCUUGUGGCUGUACCAGAGACAAUCACGGCAAGUGGCUGUGCUUGUGUCUUUAUUGACACCAUCUUCCGACUUCAUGGGUUGCCCCGUGAACUCGUAUCAGACAGAGAUCCACGAUUCACUGCUGAUUUCUGGCGUUCCGUGUUCAAAUCACUCGGAACGCGCUUGAAGAUGUCAACAUCUGAUCAUCCAGAGUCAGAUGGUCAGACGGAACGUGCCAAUCGUGUCCUUGAAGAGAUACUUCGAGGAUACGUACACUCCUUUAAGAGUUGGAGUGAGUUUUUGCCGAUGGUAGAGUUUGCCAUCAACAACUCGGUGCAUGCGUCCACGACACAUACACCGUUUUACGUGAAUGGCUUGCGCCAUCCGCGUGUACCCACCUUACUAGAGUGUAACUCUGGUUUAAGGGGGGGAGGGACUCGCGCGAGCAAAAACCGAUUUGGUUCACGCUCAUCACGCUCUGACGAGGAAGUCAUUGCGUUUGAUGCCGAUAUCGAUAACAUCGAUAUCGAAGAAGAUGAUGCCAGUGAGAGUGCGGAAGCCCUCACUGAAGACAAUGAUGCCAGUGAGAGUGCGGAAGCCCUCACUGAAGAAAAGGUUGUUGUUGCUGCAGUGCGCUCACAGCACACUGAAGCUAACGAGUCAUCAGAUGAGUUCAUACUGGCUCGUGAAACGGUAGUCCGUUUUGUGCAAGACUCCAUCGCCGAAGCGGUGACUUAG